AUGACGGAAGACGCUACUCUAAGAAGUGAGGAGGAAGCAAAUUCACUAAGAAGGUCGAGUGACUACCUAGUAAACUUGAAAAUCAGGGUUCAACGAGCUCAAAUGAGACAGCAAAAUCUCCAUCCCAAGAAAACAAAAUCUAACAUUGUUAAGAGCCAGUUAAAAAGGAUAAGCAAUAUUACUAAAGAUGAUAAUGUUUCCAUACAAGAAGCUGAAAAUUUCUGUAAAAGAAUGGAAUGCAGAGGGUAUCUUAACAAGGAUAUGAAUAAGUUGUUAGAGAAAGAAAUAGAUGAAAGAAAACUAUCUAAAUGUGACAGUACAAAACAAAGAGAAUAUGAGCAUAAGACAUCACUAGCAGUGCAAAAUAAUGUUGACACUAAAGCUAUAAAACGUAUUAGUAGAAAUUGGGAUUACGUUGCUGCUGCACUAAUUACAUAUGAAGAUAUUUCAGCUAACAUGCAGCCUGAAAGUGGUGAAGGAGCAUAUAAAGAGGAAAAUAAAACAAAUACAGCUCUUUACAUGAAUACAGACUAUGAAGAUGAAGACUACCAGCUGAAAAAUGUUGAAUUAGUCUCCAGAGUAAUAAGUGCAACCAUUAGUAAUAUAAACAGGCAUAACCUAGCCAAUCUAGUAAACAUAACGUUUAAAUAUUUACAGGCGAAGGGUGAUAACCAGGAAAUGAGGUGUGCUUUUCUGAAUAAUAAAGCAGCACAAGCAUUUUGGUCUUAUGAGGGCUGUGAAACAGUUUAUGAAGGAAGCAAUGUAACCUGUCAGUGUAAUCAUCUGAGCAGCUUUGCUGUAUUAAUGGCUCUCUAUGAAAUUAAGAGCAUCACUCUUGCUAUUAUAACCUACGUUGGACUUGGCAUUUCAUUGAUAUGUCUUGCUAUAUCGAUCUUCACAUUCUACUUUUGCCGAGCAAUCCGGGGUCCCAGGACCACCAUUCAUCUUCACCUCUGUGUAUGCCUUUUUAUGGGUUACUUCAUUUUCUUGGUUGGCAUUAACCAGACAAAGAAUGAGGUUGGAUGUGGAGUGGUUGCAGGAUUAUUGCAUUACUUCUUUUUGGCUACCUUUACCUGGAUGUGCCUAGAAGGAGUUCAGCUCUACCUUAUGGUAGUUGAGGUCUUUAGUACAAACAGUCUGAAAAAGAGAUACAUGUUUGCAUUUGGUUAUGGCCUGCCAUUAGUAAUUGUAAUUCUGUCAGCAUCUAUAAAUGCCAAAGGAUAUGGCACCAAAAAAUAUUGCUGGCUGUCACUGCAACAUGGCUUCCUAUGGAGUUUCUUAGCACCAGUGUGUGUGAUCAUUCUGGUGAAUUCUGUCAUCUUCAUCAUCACAGUGUGGAAAUUAGCAGAAAAAUUUUCAAGUCUCAAUCCUGACUUAUGUAAAUUAAAAAAAAUAAGGGCAUUUACCAUCACUGCUAUUGCACAGCUGUGCAUCCUUGGGUGUACCUGGAUAUUUGGAAUUUUUCAGAUUGAAGAAAAUACCAUUGUAAUAUCAUACAUAUUCACAAUAUUCAACUGCUUUCAAGGUCUAUUUAUCUUCAUUUUGCACUGCCUAAUGAAGAAACAGGUAAAAGAUGACUACAUGCAAAUACUUGCCAACAUCUGCAACAGUAAGAUGAUGCCAAUAUACUCACAAUUUACCAGCACCACUAAAUCAUCUAUGUCACAGGUAAGGAAAAGAAACUUUUAUACCAAAUUCUAG